AGAGCAGAUUGCCCCUUUCAUCACUGCAUUAACACUCCAGCCCCUGCUCUCUACUCUACAACACUGGAAUGCACCAUUUUAGCAGGAGAAUGAUCCUCCUCCCAACGGUUCUCCUCUGGAACGGGAAACCCCCCAUUGUCUAGGAACAGAAAUGUCUUAAAAGGACAGGCGAUGAGAGGAAUUCAGAACAGUCUUUACUCUCUCCACACACACACAAUGUCUGAAACGGUGCCACAGCUAGUGUUAAAACAAAUUCCAACAGGACUUGGUUAGCGGUGACACCGGGAGGGACAAUGACAGCCAAUCAACAACGCCCUGUAUUUCUGUCCUAGAUCUCCCAUGCAGGCUGAAUAUUCCUGAAUAGGCCAGUCUGCCAUCCGGGCACCUAAGACCCAUAGUGAUGGUGUGGCCGGAUCUAUUUUUACCCACCAUGCCCUGCAAAUGGAGACAAAAUGGCCGCCCAGUGGGCAUACCUCCAGCAAUGAUGUGCUUUGUUGUGACCAAAUCCCUCGCGCUGACCUGCUGCGCGCCGUUCCUUCUCAUGGGCGCGCGCUACUUCUACAGCCACAAAGUCAUCCACAGCUAUCUGGCCUGCGCGCUCCACACUGACAUGGCAGACAUCGAGGAGUAUUACAUGAAACCUACAGGCUCAUGUUUCUGGGUGGCAGUGCUGGAAGGUCAGGUGGUCGGCAUCGUGGCGGCGCAGGGCCGGGAGGACGACAACACGGUGGAACUACGGCGCAUGUCGGUGGACUCGCGCUUCCGCGGCAAGGGCAUUGCCAAGUUGCUGGGGCGUCGUGUGCUAGAGUUCGCCAUGCAUAACAACUACGCCGCCGUCGUCCUGGGAACCACCGCCGUCAAGAUGGCUGCCCACAAGCUGUAUGAGUCACUGGGCUUCCGGCGGACCGGCGGUAGCGAGGAUUACAUGCUGCCCGGAAUGAGCCGCUCGCUGCAAGAGAGGCUCUUCUUCCAGAUCCGUUACCAACGCUACCGUCUGCAGCUCCGUGAGGAGUGAGGGAUGAGAAAGAGGGAGAGAGGGAUGGAGAGAGAAAGGGGGAGAGAGCAACGACACCACCUCCUCGAGGCAGAGCCCCUCGCCCAACGAGCCUCGACCAAGUCCUUCUCCUCUGACAACUUUAUUUAUUUUAUAUUAUUAGAGUUACUUCUUCUUGCUACUACUGUUUCUAUUCAUUCAUCUUAAGUCACUAACUUUUUAUUGGUUUUAGUUUAUUUUGAUUUAUUUUUUACAUUUUGAAUUUAGUGCCCCCCCAUCCCCGAGUACAAUUUUUUUUGACCCUGUCCUGUAGUAAAAAUAAAAAAAUCCCUAACAUAUAUCACCAUCCCAUGCCUUUUCAAAUGACAUCAUCAACUGAGUGUUCCCUUUGCUUUUCAUACCAUGUGAUUGUUCCUUACCGUAUUCAUUACCUCUACCAGCCCCUCCAACAUCUACCCCCUCCUGCUCAAUACGUGGCAUUUCUAUCUCAAACGCACCCUGUCUCUCAUUAGCCCACUUAAGCCCUCUCCAUUGUCACAACAGCGUGUGUACCCAAAAAGACCUAGACAAAAAGACUAAGUAGGUUGGCAUUGGUCCAGCCACUUCAGCACAGCCCAUAAACCAGCAGCCCUGUGGAGAGACAAGAGGAACAAAUCAAAUCAAAUGUUAUUGGUUGUUUACACAUAUUUGACGGAUGUUAACACAGGUGCAGAGAAAUGCUUGUGUUUCUAGUUGCAACAGUGCAGUAAUAUCUAACAAUACAAAACAAUACACACAAAUCCCCCCCCCCAAAUAAAAAUAAAUAUAUAUAUGUAUAUGAUUGUGUGUAUAGACAGUAUAUGAAUAGAAAAGGUGUGUACAGCAGUAGUUAUAUAGGAUGACGAGAAUACAGGAUAUACAUAUGAAGGGGGUAUGUAUAUAGGGCAGCAGUCUCUAAGGUGCAGGGUAGAGUACCAGCUGGUAGCCGGCUAGUAAUAAUGACUAAAGUUCAGGGCAGGGUACUGGGCAGAGGCUGGCUACUGGUGACUAUUUAACAGUCUGAUGGCCUGGAGAUAGAAGCUGUUCCUCAGUCUCUCCUUAUCCCAGCUUCGAUGCACCUGUACUGUCUCCGCCUUCUAGAUGGUAGCGGGGUGAACAGGCCGUGGCUCUGGUGGCAGGACAUGUACUGUGCAGUCGGGUGGCAGGACAUGUACUGUGCAGUCGGGUGGCAGGACAUGUACUGUGCAGUCGGGUGGCAGGACAUGUACUGUGCAGUCGGGUGGCAGGACAUGUACUGUGCAGUCGGGUGGCAGGACAUGUACUGUGGAAUCGGGUGGCAGGACAUGUACUGUGCAGUCGGGUGGCAGGACAUGUACUGUGCAGUCGGGUGGCAGGACAUGUACUGUGGAAUCAGGUGGCAGGACAUGUACUGUGCAGUCGGGUGGCAGGACAUGUACUGUGCACUCGGGUGGCAGGACAUGUACUGUGCAGUCGGGUGGCAGAAAACAAGCACACACAGGCUGCAUCUCCUAUUCCCUAUAUAUUGUACUACUUUUGACCUAUCCUAUCACUCCUCCUCCAGCUUUCUGAUAUCCUCCCUUCCACUAUCUCCUCCUCCAUUCCACUAUCUCCUCCUCCCUCUAUCUCUUCCUCCAUAUUUGGUCAUGUUCUUAUCCCUUCAUUCAACACCGUAUCAGAAUGGAUUCUAUAGAAUGACAAUGGUUCCUAAUUCUAUGAUUCCAUUCUACCUGCAUGGGAAUUAUGGAGAUGGUCUCUAAUUGGUUGGGAAAACAAGAGGGUAGUUCAGGCUAGGGAUACCCAUGCAGGGUGAAUAUUUAAGUGUCAAAAUUGAACAUAUUACUCAUUUAAUCAUGGGAUUUUCUAAUGAGUAAAUGAUUUAAUCUAAUUCAACUUUGAGCAUUAUUGAUUCAUAUGUGUACUUAUCAAUUGUUUACUAAUUGAAUCAAGAUAAAUUCUAACAUUUUUAAUACGUUUGGAAUUUGAUUAAGGAUAAAUUCAAGAUUUUUAUAAUCACACACAUUUGAUGGAAGCAUUGCUACAUAGUAGUAUGCACAUUUUAUGGAUACAGCUACAAUUACAAAGUAAUCGCAAUCUAGUAUAUAUUCAAACCAGGUCAUUGGAGAAAACUACUUGGGUAGGCCUAAUACAUUAUUUGCAAUAUUUGCGGACUUAAAGUAUAUGUAGUCGACCUAACAAAAUGCAUCUGAGCACAAAUUUAUCCAUUUGAAUUUAAAUACAAUACUAUAUCCAAUUUACAGGUAUAUUUAUAUCCUUCUGUGUAUGUGUUAAUGUGUACACAGUUGGAAUACUAUACCGAAUGUAGCUGACAAACCCAAAAGGCAACCCCCUCUCUCCCCGUCAUAACGAUAACCACUCUCAUCUCCAUCCUCCUAUCACAGACAGAACCAGCAGAGGGAGAGAUACAACUUCUAUGAGCCCAAGAACUUGUGUCAUACUUGUACAAAGAUAAAGAAAUUAAAUGUGAAGAAAAAAAAUGAAAAAAGACAUAGACCAAAAAUAUAUUGCGCUGAUCCCCAUAGCCUUGACUUCUGACCCUUCCCCACUCCCUCUAUCCUUGACUUCUGACCCCCCACUUCCCCUAGCCUUGACCUGUACCCCCACUCACCUUAGCCUUGACUU